UUGAGGUAAACAACAGGACUAUAUAUAUCAGUGUCUCCCAGUGCUUUUGUGGAUCAGCGGGGCUGAGAGCAGAGCGAAAGGAAGCAGCUUCGUCCGGGGGGCGGGUGUUGUGGCAACACCGCAAUGUGGAGAAGCCUGGGGUUGGUCUUGGCUCUCUGUCUUCUCCCCUGUGGGGGGACAGAGAGCCAGCGGCAGAGCUCCUUUUGUAAGAAGCCUCCAGCCUGGAGCAUAGGGGAUCAAGACCCAAUGCUGAACUCAUACAGUUCAGUGACUGUGGUUGCUCUUCUUCAAGCCAGCUGACACUUUUGCCUUCUGCAGGCGUCUAGUUUAGAAGACCUGCGAGUAAAACUGGAGAAAGAAGGUUUUUCUAACAUCUCCUAUGUUGUUGUUAAUCAUCAAGGAACCCAUUCUCGAUUAAACUAUAUGUAUCUUAAAAAUAAGGUUUCAGAGCAUAUUCCUGUUUAUCAACAAGAAGAAAACCAAACAGAUGUCUGGACUCUCUUAAAUGGAAACAAAGAUGACUUCCUCAUAUAUGACAGAUGUGGCCGUCUUGUAUAUCAUAUUGGUUGGCCUUUCUCCAUCCUAACUUUCUCCUAUGUUGAAGAAGCCAUUAAGAUUGCUUACUGUGAGAAGAAAUGUGGAAACUGCUCUCUCAUGACACUGGAAGAUGAAGACUUCUGUAAAAACGUAUCUUUGGUUACUGUGAGAAACACAACCGAGGCCCCGCAGCCACGUCACCAUCACACGCAUGGGCAUCAGCACGUCCGGAAUGGUCAGCCUUCAGAGAACCAGCAACCAGAAGUGCCCAACGCAUCUGAGCAUCCCCCUCCUCCAAGCCUCCAUCACCACCAUAAGCUCAAGCACCCUCACAGACAGGAUCACCCAAAGAACUGACAUGUGCCAUUUCUCAGUUCUCUUUCACACAAGAAACUCUGAGGAAAGAGAUGAAUAAAUCAGUUACUCUGAAAGUUGCCCAAAGAUUCAGAGUUGGCUCCUAGGAGCUGAUGCUGACAUUGUCGACAUCUGGUAUUUGAAAACACAGGGUCUGCAAUCACCUGACAGUGUACAGAAAAUCUCCCUUCUUUAUGUAGCUGACAGGGACUGUGGGCAGAGGAAAAUGUCAUUGAAUCUUGACAGUGACGUUUGCCUCCAGCUGCCUGACAGGCAAGUCAGCAGCUCCAGCCCACAGAAGCCAGCAGCAAUUGAAGUUGAAAAAAUAAGGCAGAAAUGUGAAAAUGACCUUCAAACUAAAUAUUUAAAAUGGGAUAUACUCCUCAAGUCAGUCUAGACCCAAUUUCAUUUCCAGCAUUUUUAUAAGCUACCUAGUUAAUAAUGAUAAAAAAAAUAAGAAUUGGAUUUGUGCAAACAUGGAGAAAUUUACUAUCCUGGCUUCCAAAUUUAAAGAUUUUUGUCAAAGCAAAUUGUGACCCAAACCAUUUUUUUUAAAUUACAGGGCAGCUGAAAGGUGAUUGCAGCAUUUGGUUAAUAUGUCUUUAUUUUUCUUUUUCCAGUGUUCUACUUGCUUUAAUGAGAACAGGAACAUAAACUAUGACCUAGGGGUUUCUGUUGGAUAAUUAGCAAUUUAGAAGGGAGGAAGAACAACAAAGACAUGUUAUUCAUUUUUUCUUUACUUAUUUCUCAAAACAACAUUAUCUUUGUCUUUUUCAUCUUACAGUUUUAACUAAUGAAAUUUUUAAAGAAAGAAGUGAAUUCUGUCUUUUAAGAUCCAGAAAUACUCAACAUAUGAGUAUUUUGCUAUGACUACAUUUGAAAUAUCCAUUUAUACUUUUUUAUAUCUAAGACUUGUAUCUUGAUUUUUACUAUCACAUAUGAAUGAAAGCUUUAUAUAUUGUUUUAUCUAUCUGGUAUCACAUCACACUCUUUAAAAUCUGAGAAUGCCUGUCUUGAAAGAUGUAAGAGGAAAGAUAAAAGAAUGUUGUCUAGCUCUUGAUUGCUUAGAAAGUAUUUCCGUAGUCAAUGAUGGUUCAAUAGGUAAACUACACCCUAUAAACCUGAACUCCUUUAUGGUUAAUACUGCUAAGCGAGAAUGCAAUACAAAGUUGGCCAAAGUGUGGAUUUGUUUCAAUAAACUCAGUAAAAAAAAAA